UCAGGUUAUGCCUAUGCGACAGCUGAGAGUUGAAUAUAAAGAAUUUGAAGCUAAAAAUCAAUUAUUCAACAGGGUUGACAAGGUGCUGGUCGAUGAUAGAAUUAUUCGUCUAAUUCCACAAUUCCUCGGCGGCAUUUUCUAUAAGAAGAAAAAGUUCCCUGUCCCUGUUAAACUUACCAAGAAGAAUCUUCAGGACGAGAUAAACCGGUGUAUCAAUACAGUCGUCAUGCCACUAAAUAAUCAUGGUUCCUGUGCCACCUGCCCUGUAGGUAAGAAAACUGGAUAAAAUUACACUCAAGAC